AUACACAGUUGGCACUUAGUAUAUGCGAAAGUAAUUUUUUAUGGGUUUUUUCCAUAUACGUCAAUGUAUUGAGUCAUAUAUUUGUUAGCUUAAUGGCAUACGUCAUCAUGCAAUACUUCACUGCUUCCAAAUCAAUAUAUAUGAGUAGCUAUAAAAUCGCCUUUUUGUUAAAUUUCAUUUUUUUUCUGCAUUGUAUAAAUAUUAUUAAUGUAUGAAAUGAUUAGUAAGUAUACAACAACAGCAAUCAUUGUUAACGGAAAAAUAAAAAAUAAACUUAAUUUCCAUCAAUUUCUGUUUUAUUAAUUACUAAAAGACUACAAUUCUAAAAACUCUAUCACUCUGACUGAGAGCUGGUGGUGAAUUCUAUAAAUAACUAAAACGGAUUGUGUGUGGAUAUAAUCAGAUAUGGAUUUCUUAUUAAUUGGAAUUAUCUUUGUAUACCCAGUCUAUAUUUUCUUUUUUGCACAAAAGCUUAGAAUAAAUUUCUUUUUUCGCCCUUCCUUAUUUAAAGAAACAUCGGUCAACAUUACAUAAUGAAAUUUAAAUUUUGUGUUGUAUAAAUAAUAAUCUAAUGAAGCGAAAGAUAUAAUUUCAAUGAUUAAUGAACCGGCGUUUUGAUUUUUUACAGGUACCCCUUCAAAAUGGGAAAAGAAGAGAAGAAAGGGACGAUUGUAUUGGAAAAUUUUAAUUCCACAGCAAAUUUAGCUACAAAUCCUGGUUUCCAGUCAACAUUGAGUCUGGGAUCAAAGGAAAUCAUCAAUGAAAAGGAAUAUAAACCGUUCGAGCAUAGAAAUGUGGCACAUCCGAAUUCGACUAUUGGUUCUCUGGUGCACCUGCUGAAGUCGUCACUGGGGUCAGGAAUCUUAGCGAUGCCGGCAGCCUUCAAGAAUGCGGGCUUAGCGUUCGGAGCGAUCGGCACCAUCAUCGUCGGAUUUAUAUGCACCCAUUGCGUUUACGUACUGGUGAAAACGUCUCAAGAAGUAUGUGUUGACGCAAAGAAACCAUCGAUGGGAUUCGCCGAGACGUGCGGCGCGGCUUUCGAGUUUGGACCUAAGAGGCUCAGGCCUUGGGCUAACUUUGCAAGAACGUUCACCGAUUACGCAUUGACCUGUACAUAUUUGGCUGCCUUAUGUGUUUACAUUGUUUUCAUCGCUGAAAACUUUAAAGAGGUAUUAGACGAAUACUGGCCAGAAUACAAAUUGUCAGUUGAAACUUACUGUGCACUAACACUGGUUCCACUCGUCCUGAUCUGUCAGAUAAGGAAUCUCAAGUGGUUGGUGCCGUUCUCUGCCAUCGCCAACGUUCUACUAGUCAUAUGCUUCGGUAUCACCAUGUACUACAUCUUUAGUGAUCUGCCAAAUCCCGCAGAGAGAGAAAUGGUCGCUAAAGUAACGCAGUGGCCUCUAUUUAUGAGCACAGUUAUCUUUGCAAUGGAAGGCAUCGGUGUUGUGAUGCCUGUUGAAAAUGAGAUGGCAAAACCGCAGCACUUCCUCGGAUGUCCUGGCGUUUUGAACGUUGCAAUGACAAUAGUGAUCUCUUUGUAUGGACUUGUAGGAUUCUUUGGUUACAUGAAAUAUGGAGAUGAUGUUAGAGGCAGUGUUACUUUGAAUUUGCCUCAGGAUGAAGUUCUUGCCCAGAGCGCGAAAAUUCUUAUGGCCCUCGCUAUACUUUUCACGUACAGUCUACAGUUCUAUGUCCCCAUGGAGAUGAUCUGGAGAAAGUUGGAGAACAGAAUCUCUGUGCGUUACCAUGAUUUGACCCAGAUUACUAUUAGGACGCUAGCUGUCGUCGGUUCAGGUGAGUUCUUAAAUAUACAUAAUAUAUUUAAUUACACGUAAAUAUAAAUAAAUUGGGUAACAGUUUUAUAAAAAAAACCUCACACUUACUUCCAUCUUUUAAUCAUAAUAAUAUCUAUAUAAUCAUUCUUCACUCAUUCCAGUUGCCCUCGCCGCCGCUUUUCCAGACUUAGAAUUAUUCAUAGGCUUGAGUGGAGCAAUUUUCCUAUCCACCCUCGGCCUACUAACUCCAGCCAUCGUUGAUACCGUCCAUAACUGGGACCGAGGUCUCGGCUUCCUCUACUGGAAACUCUGGAAGAAUCUCUUCAUUGGUAUCAUGUCCCUUAUUGCUCUCUUCGCCGGUUCUUAUGUCUCCAUCAAAGGAAUGGUUGAGAAGUUUGGUGAGAUUCAUGUUGAAAUAGCUAACAAUACAUUAAGUACAAUGAACGAUACGAUUGUUUAAUUUUCCAGUGAUUUCGUCAGAUAUCCGCCUCGCUUUGGUUGUGUUAAAAAGUUAGCGUAUUGUUUUUUUUAAUAAUGAAUAUUUUAAUAUUGUAAAGGUACAACCAUUUAAAUUGUAAAUAAGCAUUUUUUACGAUGUAUAUAAUUUAGGGAUACUAAAUUUUAAUUUUGACAGUACAUAGAAUUUUAAAGCUUGGCAGAUUACUUAUAAUAAUAUAAGUUUUAUGUUAUUUUGAAUAUUAGGUUUGUAGUAUUUGAAAUAUUACAAAAUACUAAAUUUAGUUUUUUUAAUAUAAAUAUAAUAGUCUUAAUAUAAGUUAAGUAAAUACAUUAGAUUUUUAUUCGAAACGAAAUUUGCCUAUUUAUAAGUUUUGAGUCUAUUGUAAAAACUGUUAGUAUAUUUUGAUAGAAAAAAUAUAUAUAUCUUUUUUUCCUUUGAGAUGUGAAUUAUGUUUGUGAAAAAUAUGAAAUUAAGUAUAACACAGAAAAAAUCGAAUUACUCACUUAAUAACUAAUAUUUAGUAUGGUGUUCUUUGUGUUUAAUAAGAAGUUUGAAAUAGUUACCAUUUUGUAUAAAAUAGUUCUAACAAUAGAAAGGUUUUUUGAAUAGAAAAUAUCGGAUUAUUUACUCUACUGACGCAAUUUUAAACUACAAACUGUUUCAUUAUAUUGUAAGACUCAAAUAAAAAAAAUGGUUUGUGCUCUAUCCAAACAGUUCAUUUUCAAGUUCAAAUCAAGCGAAUUUAUAACUCAACUAGCUCUUGCUCGCGACUUUGUCCGCAUGGUAUAGUGACUGUGGGCAGCAUUUCUAAAAACGCUAAAACUAAUAUUAUUCAUACCUGUAUAUAAGGUUUUAUGAUUAUGUCUUUGACAAUGAUGAAC